UCUGUCUGCACACACACGCACGCACACAUGAGCCUCUUUGAGCACUAUGUCCAAUCUGGACGCAAGCGGCCAAGCCAAAAAGCAACUCCCAAUACGCCUUGUGAUUCCAUUGUCGCUUCUCACCGUCGGGCGCUACUUCAACAAACGCAACGCAACGUAGCGGUGAAACCUCCAAAUGUCUGCUGUUGAAAAUGUGUACUUAGAACUGUUAACCUCAAGUCGGCUUGAACAAGAAAACAAGAAUGGAAAACCAAUUGCCAGACUGGGAAAGCUUCAUCAACGAGCACUCUCGCUUCCCAAAUGCAUGCUUAGUGAGUGAGCCAAGGCAAGAAAAGGCGACGCAACACAGUUGUAGCUGUGUCCCCGUCCACAUUUUGGGGCAUCAAAUUCAAGGAGAGGAAACGUUUGCAUACCCACAAACAAUGUUCAUUGGUUGAUUUAAACAUGUAAUAUCUUAUCUUUGUGGUGUAUUAAAUGGAAAGGCUAGAAAUGAAGGAUAUGCUAACCAUUAUAUUCUGCUCUGUUGACAAUUUACACAGGUUGAUUGGAAAUGGGCUUCCAAGCAUAAAAGCUCAAAAUGAAAAGAAAGAGAGGGAACUGCAGCUUAGACUUGUGCUUGUUUCCACACGAUCCCCGCUGAGUUUGGGCAGAACUUGGACUGGUGGUCGCCAGUCGAGUGUCAGGAGCAAGACGAGAGGCUGAACGUGACGUCACGGCAGCUAACACGACGUGCACAAAGUCAAACUCGCCGUGAAGCAAACGAGGAGGAAGAAAAUGUGUGACGGCGCGCCCCCUGCUGCUCAGUGUUUGACAUGUCACCUUCACGGCGGACAAAACGAGGUCUAGUUGUCCAGCCAGCCAUGAGCGAGUGGAGCGGCGAAGAUGGGAAGUGGCUGGACGCCCAUUUUGACCCAGUGGCGGGACUGCGCACCUUCACUUCCUGCGCGGCGCUGGCCGACUUGAGCGGGGAUGGGGACGGUCGACUGGUGGUGGCCGACCUUGGCGGCGGCGGAGGUGGCGGGGCGUCCAUGAAGCUGAAGGUGUACGGAGGCACAGCGCUGAGCAGCGAGAGCGUCCUGCUGGACCUUCCAUGCGGCCUCGCGGCCUUCUUCAUGGACCUGCACGAGCCUCGCGUUCCCGCCGUGGCCGUGGCGUCCGGACCCUGCGUGUACGUCUACAAGAACCUCAGACCCUACUUCAAGUUCACGCUGCCCGGACUUGACGUCAACACACUGGAACAGGAUGUAUGGCAGCAGGCCAGGGAGGGGCACAUUGACCCCCCCGCCGUUAAGGAGACGUUGGAGAGCCUCCGAAAGAAGGCCGACGUGCCGCUGUCAGUGCGCUCGCUCCGCUUCCUGUCUCUGGAUAAUGAGCACCUGGAGGGCUUUGUCCAGCUGCACAAAGAGCAGCCCAUCAAACGUCAGACAGUUAUCACGUGCAUGGGCACGCUGAAGAAAAGCACGGCGGAAGAAGACGGCGUCAGCUGCUUGCUGAUUGGCACAGAGAGCGCCCAUCUUUACGUGCUGGACCCCGAGGCCUUCGUCAUCCUCGCCAAGCUGGCGCUGCCGGCCCCUCCCACCAUGAUGGACGCGACGGGUCAGUAUGACGUGGAGUUCCGGAUCACGGCGGCGUGUCGGAACGGGAACGUCUACAUCCUGCGCAGGGACUCGGACAAAGCCAAGUACUGCGUGGAGCUGUCGGCGCAUCCCGUGGGCCUGGUGAGGGUCGGCAAGAACAUAGUGGUGGGAACCACGGACCAGAACCUGCAGGGAUUAACGCAGAAGGGCAAGAAGUUGUGGAAGGUGCUCCUUCCGGCCCCCAUCUGCACCAUGGCCGGCAUGGACCUUCCCGCUCGAGGCUUCCAGGGGGUCCUGGUGGGUCUUGCCAACUGCGAGGUCCACUUAUACAGGGACAAGAACCUGGUGAGCACCAUCAAGACUCCGGACACAGUGAGCGCUAUUUGCUUCGGGCGCUACGGGCGAGAGGACGGGACCCUGGUCGUGACCAUGAAGGGCGGCGGGCUGAUGGUGAAAAUCCUCAAGAGGACGGCGGAGUUCCGAGACCGGGACAGUGCUCCCGGACCUCCGGCCGCGCAGAGUGUCCGUCUCGACGUGCCCAAGAAGACCAAACUCUACGUGGACCAGACACUAAGAGAGCGCGAGAGCAGCACAGCCAUGCACCGGGCCUUCCAGAUGGACCUGGUCCGCCUGCGACUGGCGGCGGCCAAGGCCUACGCCAAGGCCCUGGAGUCCAGUCUGACUCCGGUGUCGUCCAGGCCCGGGCGCUCGCUCAAAAUGAAUGCCGUGGUCCAAGGUCUGGGCCCGUCCUUCAAGCUCACGCUCAAUGUUCAGAACACGGCGGCGUGCCGGCCCGUGCUCAACCUGGCCAUCAGCUUCCUGUACGAUCAAAGCCUGUACAGGAUGAGGAACCCCUUCUUGAAGAUCCCGCUGCUGGUGCCGGGACUGGUCUACCCGGUCCAGACCCUGGUGGAGUGUACCAGUGACCAAGGCAUCUCUGACAUUAUCAAAGUUGUUGUCCUGCAUGAAGAGCAGAGCACCCCACUGCUCACGGCGCACAUUAACAUGCCCGUCAGCGAGGGGAUCAACUGAAACGCUUAGCUUAGCUCAGUUUAGCCCAAGCCUGACUCUUUUUUUAGCUUCAUAUAGCUUGGCUCAGUUUCCAGCCCGGACGGUGGCGGAAAGCGUACGGGGCCCCAGGGAGCCAGCCGCAGGCACUCCCGUGAAAAGGGUAGCGUGACUAGCGUCCAAUGUUGAUCUUCCUGUCCUGAAGAAAAAAAAACUAAGGUGUAACUAUCGAUAUGAAAUAGUCUAUAGCAA